GAAAUUCACUGACAAGUGGCAUGAGCUUGUGGAUCAAUGCCAAUUUUUACAGGGCCCGAAGCGCCGCUGAGGCGCUUGCUCCAGCUUUGUUUCUCAAGAAGAGAAUUGCCGGACAGCGGCUUUGGGUGGAUGGGGCUCAAAGGCUGGUUGACCAGCUGCUGUGGGCGGCGGUAAAAAGCCACACCGUCAAGGUGGUGGACGAUCUCGUCGCCCGGCAUAAGGUGAACCGAAUUGGGCAGACGCUGCUCUUCGAAGCGGCCCAACAUGUCAGUGGGCAGCAGGCAUUUGAGGCUGGACCUGGAUCGGGGCCGUAUGGUGACGAAAACCUUGGGAAACCGUUGCGUGGCCGCUGUUUGAUUUGGGGAUCCACCACUGUUUCUGGCCAGAUCACUGAGCUGCUGGUUAGACAGCAUGGGGUGUCCGCCGCGGUGAUCGACAAUCGCCAACAGAAUGCGUGCCCAGCUCUAAAGUAUGCGUUGGAGUUGGGCAUGGAUCCGAAUAGAAUAUUGUCCAAAGGCCAAACAAAUCUUUUCGGUGCUGCCAAGCGUGGCGAUGUCGAGAAAGUGAAGGCCUUUUUUUAUGCCGCAGCGCAUGGAGGACUCAAGGUGACAGAUCUGCUACUAGUAAAGUACAAGGCUGAUGCCUUGAUCAAAGACAACUGUGGAAGAACUGCGCUCCAGUAUGUGCUGGAGCUGCAAAAUGCAGACGAACCCAAAGACGUCGUGAAGCUGCUGGCGGAUGCGGAGCGGAAGCAGCAGAAGGCCAUUCAGGCGGCCCAGAAAAAGCAGCGUGCCGCUGCUGCACAGCUGCGAAAGCGCGAGGAAAAACUGGCAAAGGCGCAGAAGAAGGCGGAGGAGAGCAAGAAAGAGCUCGAGCUGAGAGAGCCGCAGCUGCAACCAGAGCUGCAGCCGCGUCAUCAAGCUCGAGAAAGCGUCCAUCUUCGGCGGAGGAGCCGGCAGCCAAGAGGAAAUUCACUGACAAGUGGCAUGAGCUUGUGGAUCAAUGCCAAUUUUUGCAGGGCCCGAAGCGCCGGUGAGGCGCUUGCUCCAGCUUUGUUUCUCAAGAAGAGAAUUGCCGGACAGCGGCUUUGGGUGGAUGGGGCUCAAAGGCUGGUUGACCAGCUGCUGUGGGCGGCGGUAAAAAGCCACACCGUCAAGGUGGUGGACGAUCUCGUCGCCCGGCAUAAGGUGAACCGAAUUGGGCAGACGCUGCUCUUCGAAGCGGCCCAACAUGUCAGUGGGCAGCAGGCAUUUGAGGCUGGACCUGGAUCGGGGCCGUAUGGUGACGAAAACCUUGGGAAACCGUUGCGUGGCCCAGCUCUAAAGUAUGCGUUGGAGUUGGGCAUGGAUCCGAAUCGAACAUUGUCCAAAGGCCAAACAAAUCUUUUCGGUGCUGCCAAGCGUGGCAAUGUCGAGAAAGUGAAGGUCUUAGUUGAGACCCACAACGCAGAUCUCAUGGUUGAGAUCUGCGUUGUGGGUCCCAUAAAGACGAAUAUGGACAAACAUGCCUUUUUUAUGCCGCAGCGCAUGGGGGAUGCACAGUUACGCAUGUGUCAGCUGCGAAAGCGCGAGGAAAAACUGGCAAAGGCGCAGAAGAAGGCGGAGGAGAGCAAGAAAGAGCUCGAGCUGAGAGAGCCGCAGCUGCAACCAGAGCUGCAGCCGCGUCAUCAAGCUCGAGAAAGCGUCCAUCUUCGGCGGAGGCAACGCUACGAGCUCGUGUGCCAAGAAGGAAGACAAAGGAUUCCUCAGGAUUCUGAGGUGGCCGGAAUGCUACCGCAGCGUGAUGCAGAUGGAAUGUCGACUGCUGCGCCCAUCGAUGUUGAGGCGCUUGCUCCAGCUUUGUUUCUCAAGAAGAGAAUUGCCGGACAGCGGCUUUGGGUGGAUGGGGUUGGGUCGCUUCUUUUUUCCGUAGCCUUCGUGAGCUCAGGGUCUGGACCCGCUCAAAGGCUGGUUGACCAGCUGCUGUGGGCGGCGGUAAAAAGCCACACCGUCAAGGUGGUGGACGAUCUCGUCGCCCGGCAUAAGGUGAACCGAAUUGGGCAGACGCUGCUCUUCGAAGCGGCCCAACAUGUCAGUGGGCAGCAGGCAUUUGAGGCUGGACCUGGAUCGGGGCCGUAUGGUGACGAAAACCUUGGGAAACCGUUGCGUGGCCGCUGUUUGAUUUGGGGAUCCACCACUGUUUCUGGCCAGAUCACUGAGCUGCUCGUUAGACAGCAUGGGGUGUCCGCCGCGGUGAUCGACAAUCGCCAACAGAAUGCGUGUUUUUACGCUGCGAAGCACGGGCACUCACAGCUGAUGCUGAGGGUUGGCAGUCCAUGGCACUUCACAUAUGUUGGGACAGCCAAGAGCAGGUUCUUUAGCCUUGAAUCUUUGAAAGGCCCAGCUCUAAAGUAUGCGUUGGAGUUGGGCAUGGAUCCCAAUAGAACAUUGUCCAAAGGCCAAACAAAUCUUUUCGGUGCUGCCAAGCGUGGCGAUGUCGAGAAAGUGAAGGUCUUAUUUGAGACCCACAAAGCAGAUCUCAACCAUCGAGACGAAUAUGGACAAACAUGCCUUUUUUAUGCCGCAGCGCAUGGAGGACUCAAGGUGACAGAUCUGCUACUAGGAAAGUACAAGGCUGAUGCCUUGAUCAAAGACAACUGUGGAAGAACUGCGCUCCAGUAUGUGCGGGAGCUGCAAAAUGCAGACGAACACCAACACGUCGUGAAGCUGCUGGCGGAUGCGGAGCGGAAGCAGCAGAAGGCCAUUCAGGCGGCCCAGAAAAAGCAGCGCGCCGCUGCUGCACAGCUGCGAAAGCGCGAGGAAAAACUGGCAAAGGCGCAGAAGAAGGCGGAGGAGCAAGAAAGAGCUCGAGCUGAGAGAGCCGCAGCUGCAACCAGAGCUGCAGCCGCGUCAUCAAGCUCGAGAAAGCGUCCAUCUUCGGUGGAGGAGCCGGCAGCCAAGAGGCAACGCUACGAGCUCGUGUGCCAAGAAGGAAGACAAAGGAUUCCUCAGGAUUCUGA